CAGAAGUAUUAAAAUUAAAUUAUCUAUUUCAUUUCGUGAUUGAUAUUUGAUUGCAAAUUCCAAUAUUUCCCAAAGUUCCAACAUCAACAAAUAUUAAAAAAAUAAACAUACUUUAGAAGAUAUAUUUAACAAUCUAAUUGAUUUCUUCAGUGUGCUAAUUUGUUGGGAUUCUGUGAUUAAUUUUCCGCAAUUGCACCACAUACCUUAGCAUAACAUUCGUCAACUAUUUUAUCGUCUACUUCAAAAUUUAAGUACUGGAGCACUUGAGCAGACAUAUCAAGAUAGGAGUUUGGUUCGUUUGGUUUGGUAAAUAAUAAAUAACCUGCGUAAAUAAUAGUGUAGGAAAAUUUAUACAAAAUGGAUGAAGAGUUAGAAGGUGGUUUGGUUGAAGAUGACUUUAUUAUACCGCCGGUCAAGUAUGAAUAUCUAGACCACACGGCUGACGUACAAUUGCAUGCAUGGGGAAACACAUUAAAGGAAGCAUUCGAGCAGUGCGGUAUGGCGAUGUUUGCAUACAUGACAGAAAUGGAUUAUGUGCAAAUAAAAGAGGUGCACACCAUCGAAGCGAACGCUGACGACUUGAUGGGCCUCCUCUACCACUUCCUCGAUGAAUUGCUCUUCUUAUUUUCCGUUGAACCAUUUCUGAUAUGCAAAAAAUUAGUGAUCACAGAGUUCAAUACAGAGGAGUUUAGGAUAGUCUGUAAGUGCUACGGUGAGGAGUUCCAAAUCGGCAAACAUCCGCAAGGGACGGAAGUUAAGGCUAUUACAUACUCGGCUAUGCAAAUCAUAGAUCAACCUAAGGAUAAUAAAUAUGAAGUGUUUGUUAUUAUUGAUAUUUGAAUAUACUAUUUUUAAAUGUUUUUAA